GUAAAUGACAACUAUUACAUGCACUUCGUUUAUACAACUUAUUACAGAGCUAUAAAUUUGAAAAGUUUUCACUUCAUCAGCUUUGAGCGAUUUUUUUCUUGGAGUCAAUUCGUUUCUUGAAAUUUGAUUUGGUUUGCAGAUUAUGUUCAUGCAAAGAGUAUAAUGCUCACUCUAGUUUUUUAUAGAAUGAACAUCUUAAUUGUUGGCUAGCGUCGAUUUAUUGAGAAUGGAUUCAUCUAAAAAUUGUGGGAUAAUUUUUUAUCACUGAAAAUAUUUCAAGUCUAAUUUGCUUGCGUCAUAGGAGGAAAUUGGAAAUAAGAGCCCGCACUCAAUACCAAUUAGUCCGCUCGAAACUGUUUAUCUACGAAAGAAAGUGGAGGAUUCAAUUACCACUUUUCCCCAAAAAUGUACCAGAAUUUGCAUGGAUAUUUCUUUAUUUGCUUGGCUAUUGAAUUUCUUCAACCCGGUUCAAUUAGCCUCAAAAUUUGAUGCCAGGUUUUCGAAGUUAUCUUUCAUAGCUUGAAGGGUUUUUGUCUCAAAAUCGACCUAUUUUAUUUUUGAAACUGCAAAUGCUUGGGUUAUUUAUUUCUAUACGAUUACCUGAUUUGUUUUGGUGCAUUACAAAAUUUCCUUCUACAUAUGUUAUUUCAUAGGGCUUGUAAUUUUUUCUUUUAAAAUACCUGAAAAACUCAUUGUACUUCUGAGUCUCAUCGUUCGUGGUUUUUGCGAAAAUUACCAUAAUAUUUCGAAAAAUACAUAUAAUGUAAUUUCUAAGUUCUUGCUGUCAACCUCAAUUUUUGCUACUUGAUGCUGUUCUUCUUAAUGUAAACGUUUCAAUCGAAUACUUAUUUUGAGUACUUUCGGCUCUAUUGAAAGGCACUGAGGCUCAUGUUUUCAGCCUUGCUACUGUUUAUUUUGAUGGUAUUAUUAUUUUUCUUUCAAUUUUUUGUUAUGAAAUCAAUCAAGCAAAUUGAAUUAGAAAAUACGCCAACUUAUGUUUUCACAUCUUGCAAUUUUAAACAUUUGGACGAUUAUUCAUUCUAGUUGCUUCCUAUUAAAGCUAUUAGAAACCAAUUUGUUUUUUUAAUCAAAACCAUCAACGAAUUUCUCAAAAUUUACAGCACGUUUUCUAUGAAGUGACAUGCAGUGUAGAUUUUUUUUACAUCAGGACAUUUUUGUCUUUUAAGUGAUCCAGGUCAGCACAGUUUGGCGGGGACAACCUCCAAAACAUUGAAAAUUUUGGAAAUUAUUCCGUAUUGUUUUGCACCCCCUUCCCUGGCAAAAAACUGGUUCCGUCCCAUUGCGACGCGAAUGUUUUAUUUAGAAAGAUUGUAGGUAGUUAACGUGUGGGUAUUAAAAACAAAGGUCUUAAAACAGCGUCGACUAUAUGGCAUGCGUCAUCGAUACUUAUAAAUCGCUAAUGGCAUCGUGCUUAAUUAUGUUUCCCCCGGAGCUUCUGUAUAAACUUUUCAAUCUGUGACAAUAGAAAAUUUAAAUAUUAGCUGAAUCAAAUCGGGACAUUUUAUUCAAUCACGUCCAUCUUUGUUUCCUGCUACUAAAAAAUAACACUAUUUUGACGCAAAACGUACUAGUUUUCACUUGUUUUUAGUGCUUUGUAUGUUUCCGACAAAUUUAUUUUCAAAUAGGUAAGAAUACCUACUACCUUGAGCUUGCUAAUUUCCUGUUUAACAGCAUGAACAGUACCUUGAAAUGUUUACCACCCCUCGAUUUUGGUUUGUUCACACCGGGCUGUAUCUUAAUUUUAUUCCUUUUGUUCACACUUCAUCAGUUUGAAAGCCCUGAUGUUUUUCUCGCCUGCCUUGUUGGGUUUUGUUUUGCCAUUAUUUUCUAAUAAUGAGACUAAAUUAUUGAUUUUACUUUCAUCUUUGAUUCAAUUGCUUAAAGAAUCCUGUCAAAUCUUAAAAUAAUUCAGCACAUUUGACGCUAGCUGUCAAAUCGUUUUCUGGCUUUGUAGAGCUGGAAGUAUAAUUCCAUCAUUAUUUUCCCCCUAUUCAGUGGAUUUUUUUUGUUCAAUGUUCCCAGUUUUUAUUGUCUGCGCUGUUUUUGAAGCCGAGUAUUGAGUAUUAAAAAAGUAAUUUAACACUCAGUGCGUGCUUUUACAUCUAUUUUAAAACAGGAAUUCGCCUUAAACUUACCAAAAAAAUAAGCCAAAUCCAUCGCAUUCAGUGUUUAAAAUUCAACAAUUGCAAUAUUACACUUCAGCUUUAAGCGUUAAGUUAUACCAUCUGAAUCAUCGGCGGAGAAUUUGAUUUGCUCCUUAAUAAUUUAAAACGUUGUUUUAUUGAAAGUUUUCUUGCAACUCGAAGAUGAGUCGACUGCAGCCGAAUAACACGUUUCCAGUUUGCGACAUUAAAAUUACGUCGCCUGACGCCGAUUCGGACCGCGAAGGUCGCAAUGAUUCAGAAAAUAACUCAUGGGAGUCCCACCUGGAAAUGACUAAUCAAACUGGAAGCGGGGGAAUUACUUUUGAAAAGUUCCGGUCUGAGAGCCUUUCACCAUAUGAUAUUCCACACGUAAAUAUCAAUGGGUUGAGAAGAUUUUCAGUACCGACUCCGAUGCCUGCAAAAAUGAAAGGAAAAAUCAAACAACUCUUUUCCAACUCCGGAGGUGGAGACAAAUCGAGUGCCAAUUCAUCCAAGACCAACUCACUCACUAGAACCAACAGCACCCAACCCCCACCCGCCAAAAAGGGAGACCAAAAGAGGCGGAAGAAGGUGGACGGGGGUUCAGGUGCAGGGGCAGGGGGAGGGGACAAAGGAGGAAAUGAGAUUGUGGGGGAUUUGUGGAGUGGAAACGAUAAGGAGGGCGAAGACGAUGAUGGGAUCUCGGAGGGGGAGGACUCCGACGAACAGUCAGAUGCAUCAGUGGGCGAAUCAGAAGAGGAUUCGGAGUGGCUUGAGAGUCACUCUGACUAUGGGCGAAGUGGGUCCCUGCAGCGCAGUUCAACCGCUGCGGGAAGGGGGGACAGGCGGCGUAUAAUGCAGGCGGGUGGGAAGGCUGUGGCCAAAUCGAAGAAGCUGCCCAAGCAGAUCAAAAAGGCAUUUCUAUCCCCUCUCAGUGCUGCCAAUAGGAAUCUGCGUCCUUCUUUAUCAAGCAGUUCUCUGGGAUACAAUGACCAAAACCAACCACAACAGACUACCCCAGUUAUUACGUCAUCUCACACACCUCAAAUAACGAUAGGCAGUGGUGAUGAAUUGAGUAGUGAAAGGGGGAAGAGAAGACCGAAUGCAACAAAUGCGAAGAGUGGGGCUGCUAAUGGGGAGGGAGGGGGAACGUCUAUCGCAGGGAGGAGAACAUCAUUGGCUCUAUCAGAUACCCCAUUGAUUACUUCAAGUGUAGGCGUCUAUGAGAGCGGCCUUGCCUCGAGUGCAAGAGGCGACACCUCAUCCUCCUCUCACAGGGCUCUCAAUGUGACAAAGUCAGCAGGGGGGUCAGUGGUGUCGGAGAAGGACAAGCAGGUGUCCGCGAUUGAGAAACUGUUCCUGAAGACACUCAAAGAGGUCAACCAGGUCCAGAAGAAGAAAGAAGAUCUGGAGCUGAAGGUAACAGUGUAUAGACGGGACCCUGGAUCGGCCUCUGUCAUUCUUACCAAGUACGAGGACAAGGUGAAGGAGUUGACCCUGGUAUUGGAGGGAUAUGCAGACAAGUUGGUCAGUUUGGACCCCGACAACCUCCUAGUGCAGAAACACAUGCCCAAAUUGAGGAAAAGAGCGAAUUCCCUGUCUCACCCGGCCUUGGUAGACCCGGCUUCUGGGGGUCACCGAGUGGACUCGAGAUCGCCCAUGUACCCUGGGGCUCUAUUCGGAACAACCGGCAAUGAUAGAUCCAGACAUGGUCUUCAUCAAGACGACACGAGAAGCACGGGAUCGCAUGAUCAACACGGAAACUUAGACCACGUGAACAAACAGAUGAAUGCGAGUCGUGAAGACAUGGAGCACCCGACGGAGGGCAACUAUGCCUCGGACUACGACAUCAAACUGCUGCAGGAAGAGAUGCAGAACAACGCCACGCAGCUCAGACAGAAGUGGCUACAGGACCUGGAGAGCUUCAAGAGUGACUAUGUGAGGCGAGUGCAGGACUUGCAGGAGAUGUUCAGCCAGAGGAGUGGAGACGUGGAGGCCAACAUCAACACUGUCCUCAGCCAGAAGUUCUCGGAACUGGACUACGACCUGCGAGAGAGAAAUGAGAUGGUGGAACAGCAGAUAGCAGCCCUCUCGGAGGACAUUCGCACCAUAGACCAGAGGAGUGCACACGGCAUCAUCGAAAUAGAACAGGCAUACAACGACAGACUCACUGCCGUCGAGGCCAGGCUGGUGGACAUAGAAAAGAGUCACUACAGUGGCGGGGGAAGCAGAGGCGGCAACUUCAUCGAGGACUUGAAGGACGCCGACGUGGUCACUCUGGCCAACCGCAUCCUGCAGAGUCUCCUCGUCUUCCUCAUCUCGUUCGUGUUCGUGUUCGGAAACAUCCUCAAAAUACUAUCCGACUCCAUAUCCACGCCACAAAGAGCAGCAAUGUUUUUGACGUCCUUGACUCUGUUAAUUGUCGCUUAUGUCAUGAGAGAAUCAACGAUACAAUGGUUAAGUUCUCUCUUAACAAGAACGUGAUAUUAGGCCAAAUCACGGCAUCCAACCAAUCAGAUUACUCCAGGUGUCAGUUUCAAAUAAUUUUUGACCUCUGACCUCCUGCGGAAAGGUUAAAUGACGUGUAAGGGUAUUCGCAAUCUUCAUCCAAUUUGGUGCUAUCGCUGACCCCUGUGCAUGUGUUUUGUUUCUCUGAACCCCUGACAGAAACGACGCUGGAAUGAAUCACGAACUCUCCGAUAAACUCUUAGCGUGCUUCGGUGCUACAAGUUGAAGCAGAGCUUAUUUUCUCUUUGCCCAAAAUGAAAAUAUUUAAACUUGCUGAAACUUUGUUUUUACAUAAUUUUUCCAGUGUCCAUCUCCGAAAAUUUGAAUGCGAAAAAAAAAUGGGUUGUUUCUCAAUUGCAAACAAAAUCUUAGAGCGUAGAUAAAAUCUGAUUUUGCAAACAAAAACAGAGAAUUGUGAACACAAAUCAGAAUGUAGAUAAGUUUAAGUUGGAGAAAUAAAUUUGAUUCGAUUUUUGUAUUUUUCUGUCAGCUUAGCUUUAAAAAUUCAAGUUUUUAAUGUAUGUUCUCAGCUAUACCCUCGUCACUUCAUAUGAGCACUGCAAAUUUCAAGUAGUAAUUUUUCAUAGAAAGAUGAAACAGAUUGAAUGCUUUUGAUUUGCAUCUGAUUUGAGCCUUUUUGUACAAUUUAUUUCAGCUAGAUGUCUUU